ACCCUGCGCCGGGACCGGAACUAGCUUUCUACCCGACCGCAUUUUGCCGGCGGUCACAUUUCCGGUAGCGACGGCGGGAAUCCGGCUGUUGGCGGGCGUCUAGGCCUCGGUGGAGGCGAAUCCGGCGGGAAUCAAAGCCAUCAGAACCGCCACCAUGACUGUGGGCAAGAGCAGCAAGAUGCUGCAGCACAUUGACUACAGGAUGAGGUGCAUCCUGCAAGAUGGCCGGAUCUUCAUUGGUACCUUCAAGGCUUUCGACAAGCAUAUGAAUUUGAUCCUCUGUGAUUGUGAUGAGUUCAGGAAGAUCAAGCCGAAGAACUCCAAACAAGCAGAAAGGGAAGAGAAACGAGUCCUUGGUCUGGUGCUGCUUCGAGGGGAGAACCUGGUCUCAAUGACAGUAGAAGGACCUCCUCCCAAAGAUACUGGCAUUGCUCGAGUGCCACUUGCUGGAGCUGCUGGAGGCCCAGGAAUUGGCAGGGCUGCUGGCAGAGGAAUCCCAGCUGGUGUUCCUAUGCCCCAGGCUCCUGCAGGUCUUGCUGGACCAGUCCGCGGGGUUGGUGGGCCAUCCCAACAGGUGAUGACCCCACAAGGAAGAGGCACUGUUGCAGCUGCUGCAGCUGCUGCCACUGCCAGUAUUGCAGGGGCUCCAACCCAGUAUCCACCAGGCCGUGGCGGUCCUCCACCACCUAUGGGCCGAGGGGCACCCCCUCCAGGCAUGAUGGGCCCGCCUCCUGGUAUGAGGCCUCCCAUGGGUCCCCCAAUGGGGAUUCCCCCUGGACGAGGGACCCCGAUGGGCAUGCCACCUCCAGGAAUGCGGCCCCCUCCCCCAGGAAUGCGAGGCCUCCUUUGACCCUUGGCCACAGAGUUAUGGAAGUAGCUCCACAGAGGCGUGGGCCCGAUCCCCCAGGGCCACGUUACCACACACCUGUUUGUUUGUUAUGCUGUUGUUCCUGGAGUCUCACCGGAUUGUCUGGUUUCCCUUACAGGGCCCCCUCCCCCGGGAAUGCGCCCACCAAGGCCCUAGACUCAUCUUGGCCCUCCUCAGCUCCCUGCCUGUUUCCCGUAAGGCUGUACAUAGUCCUUUUAUUUCCUUGUGGCCUAUGAGACUGGUUUAUAAUAAACUCUCAAGAGAAUAUUGUAAAUGCACCUGAUGUAUCCAUUUGUAAGCAUCCUUUGAUAUAUUGGGUGCUUAAUAGAUCCAAAAGGGUUGCCUUGGAAAAAUUGGCCCUAAUCUUAGUUGCUUCCCUAUAAAAUACUACACCUUUGCAUCUGAUAUAUAGUCCCAUAAUAAGAGAUCUGCAAAAUUGGACUGAGACAUUUUCUCUCAUCAAACUCAAAACUUCAGCUCGUUGAAAUAAACAUUCAUAUGCUCUUGGUAA